GGGGGUGGCACCCCAGAACCUGCUGGAGAGAGGCGAGGACAGACCCACGAGGAUGGACAGGUUCUGGAUGACCGCUGGCCGGGUCUCCCUUCUGGAAGCUCUGGUCCCGUGCCUGGUUCAGGCACAGCCCUUGGCCCAGAGGAAGCCGUGGCUGGUGGGGCUGGGGGCCGCGCUGGCCGCCCUCUUCCUCACCUUCGUCUUGACCGUGGUCUACGCCGUCUGGUGCAGAGAGUCCCGCGACAGCAACAAAGAGGAGGACGUGGGGAGUGUGAGAAAGGAGGAGAAAGAAGCAGAGGGUGACCAGGGGCUGGAGCUGGAGGAGAGAGAGGUGCCUCCAAACCGUGAAGGAGUGGUGAGCUCCUCCAAAUGAAGGUUUCUCGCCUGCCUCCUCCAGGCAGGCCUCCAGGGCUGCCCCAAUGCCUGCUCUGCACUCUGCAAGCAAAGUCCCGGUCCUGGGGCCAGGGGAAUUAUCCCAUGUGGGGUUCGGGGUGAAGGGGUCCUGAAUGAGGAGCGCUCAGGACCCAGCCCAAGUCCCUCUGGGAGGCUUCUUUGCAUUUAGCUGGGUGUUGAUGCGUCCCCUUCCCCAGCACAUUCUGCCCCAGCCCCCUUUCGCACUGGCAAGAGGGACGUGGGGCAGAAACCGUGCAGUUGGCUCUCCAGUGUUUGCAGGGCCCAGGCCCGGUCCAGUCCUGCAGUCUCGCUUCUGCUGCUUCUGGGCAAGAACUUCGAGCCGAUGCGGAGCGCAGGGCUGUUUCCUGGGAGACGAGCGCCCCUCCCACCGUCUGCCGAAUUUCUGGUCACUGUCCCCCCCCCCCCCAGCUGGGACUGCGUGCGGUGCCGAGGCUGGGGGGAGACGCGGCGUCAUCACCCCCUCUUCCUGCCCUGCCCU